AUGUAUUACUUUUCUCUAUGGUUUGCAAGUCGAUACAAACAAACGUUUUUAAAGUAAUUUAUCGAAUAAUUUUCCAACAAAAAAGACAAUGUUAUUUAAAUUUGACAUUUGGAGUGUUGCUCUAAAGUUAUUGGUGUUCUAUCGGUGUUCUGGUUGGUGAUUAUGAUACAAUUAAUUGGACGUCAUUGCCUGUGGUGAAGGUGAUCACCCCCGUAGUGUCGCUCUCUGUGGUAUCUUAACCACUUCGUUCGUUCCUAGCGUCCAAAAUAACACAGAGAAAAUCCGAGCAAUAUGAUGUGGGAUUCGGCAACUUUUCUGGGAGCGCUCACGCCCAAAUUCUACGUGGCGCUGACCGGCACCUCGUCGCUGAUAUCGGGGUUGAUUCUGAUAUUCGAGUGGUGGUACUUCCGCAAGUACGGCACGUCGUUCAUCGAGCAGGUGUCGCUGGCGCACCUGGGCCCGUGGCUGGGCGGCGGCGAGGCGGACGGCGGCGCGGCGGGCGAGUGCAAGGUGUGGCGCAACCCGCUGGCGCUGCUGCGCGGCGCCGAGUACGGGCGCCUGUGGACGGCCGCGCGCCGCGCGCCGCUCACCUACUACGACAUGAACCUGUCCGCGCAGGACCACCAGGCCUGGUUCUCGUGCGGGGCGGAGGGCCCAGCCGAGGAGGCGAUGGCGCGCGCGUGGCGCGAGCGCGAGCCGGCGGCGCGGGUGGCGGCGGCGCGCGCGGCGCUGGCGCUGCGGCCCGACUGCGCCGCCGCGCUGCUGCUGCUGGCCGAGGAGGACGCGCCCACCGUGCAGGAGGCGGAGCGCGUGCUGAAGCGCGCGUGGCGCGCGGCGGAGACGGCGUGGCGCGCGCACGCGGCGCUGGGCGGCGGCGCGUGCGCGCGGCGGGACGCGGCGCUGCUGGCGCACAUCAAGCGGCGCGCCGCCAUGUGCGCGCGCCGCCUGGGCCGCCUGCGCGACGCCGCGCGCCUGUUCCGCGACCUCGCGCGCGACGCGCCGCCCGCGCUGCACGCGCUCGCGCUGCACGAGAACCUCAUCGAGGUGCUGCUGGAGCAGCGCGCCUACGCGGACGUGUCGGCGCUGGUGGCGCGCCACGCCGACGCCGGCGGCCCGCGCUCCGCCGCGCUGCUGUACACCGCCGCCUUAUUACGUGCGCGCGCCGCCGCCGCCGCCCCGCCGCGCUCGCCGCAGGAGCUGCUCGCGCUCGAGGUCGGUGUCGGUCCGCUGUUCGAUCUGAACCCCAUCUAUUCCAUUCAGGGACUGGGUAGUCAAUUCGAAAAAACGCUCAACGGUUGGAAUGUGCAG